AUAAAUAAAAAUAGACUACAUAUAGUCUUGGAUUUAUUUAUUUUAAAUAAAUAAAUAAAAUAAAAAUAUUUAGUCGUUGGCACAUAAACUAUGUUCUCUUCUGUAAUUUCAGGGUAGGAGUCAAUGAAGACAUCUUAGUCUUCUUAAUAAGUUACAGAUAAUCCAUCUCUGAGUGGCAUGUUUUCUGCCUCUAGCUUGGAGCCAAAUGUUGCUCACGCUAAAAAGAAUAAUGUAAUUAAUGUCUGUUUGUUUGGGUAUUAAGUCUAUUUUGAUCUAUAGCACAAUUUUGUAAUUCAGAUCAUCUCCCCUGCACUUUGUACCACAUGGGCAUAUUCUUUCUUCCCAGUCAUUGCUGCAAUUAUCUUGUCUGUUCUUUGUGUAAUAUGUUCUGUGUGGGCCUCUGCAUUGAACUCGAUUUCUUGGGCAAUUAUGGAAAUUCCAGUGUGGCUGCAGUUUAACUUUGCACUCUCUAAGCAUAUGAGGUUUCCUAAAUAAACUUGAAGAGAAGCAGAGUUUAAAAUAUAUAUAUAACUUUCUACAACAAAGAAUUAUUGAGUUCAAAUGACAUCAGUGAUAAUUUUGAGACACCUGCUAUCCAUGGUUGCUGCAAACCAGGAAAUACUCAAGUUAUUAUUUGUAUACAUUGGUUUUAGUUUUAUGAAACAAUUUACCUUCAUGAUCUCAUAGUUGAAAUUAUAAUGAAUUUAGGAAUGUAAAGGAUCAAUACGGAAAGCAAGAUUCCUAAAGGCAGUUUUUGUUGUUUUAAUUAGUAUUUGUGUAGUUCAAAUCGGGAAGGAUUUGACUAUAAUUAGUUUUGCUUAUCUUUCUGAAAGCUAAAAUAUUCUCUAUUAUAAAGCGGCAACUACAUCUGGUCCUAUAGCACCUUUACUACUGAUAUUUUUUUUAAUUUGAAAAUGCAAAGAAUUGUUAAUUGUUCUUACUACAAAAACAAAAAAAUAACCAUGUGUUGUGAUGGAUAUGUUAAUUAGCUGGAUUGUGGUAAUCAUUUUGGAGUGUUUAUGUAUAUCAAAACAUGUAGUACCCCCAAAUAUAUAUAAUUUUUAUUUGUCAAAUAUACUUCAAAAAAGAUGGAAAAAUAGAGAUUCAAAGUUAACUGCUGAUUUUUGUAAUACAAAGGAAUAUGGUUUAACAGUAAGUUGGAAAAUUAAUCAAGUAAAGGUGAGAAACUCCUUUCGAAGGAGGGCAGAGCAUGAUUGAGUUUAAAAAACAUAGAUUUUGCAGACAGGUCAAGUUGAGUUUGCCCCCUCCCCUGUCCCGUAUGUCUUUGGGGGACAUAAACUUGCUGUUCCUCACUUUCAGCAUUGUAGAACUGUUAAAGGAAUAAAUGUUAGUGCAUGUCAAAACAAACAAAACACCUUCUACAGUUCCCAUCACAUAGGGAUAUCCCAUAACUUUUAGUUUCUUUAUAACUAUGAACAUAUGUGUAAGGACUGGUUUUGUAUAUACCACCUAUUUUGUGUUUACCAUAUGUUUGCAACCAAUUUCACAAGAGAGUAAGUCUUCUGGAUAUGGUACUUUUCACCAGGAAGAUGGAGGGCUGGGCAUGCUCUAGAAUUCUAAAACUUUGUGACUCAACUCUGAUUCUGUGGUUCUACUACUAAGUAGAGUGAUCACUAAGGGCUCAUUUCCAAGGGCUCCAUGUCACUCUGGUGGUGAGGUAGACCAUGAUUUGGGCUGCAAUGUUUGCUCACUCUUUCUUUUACUAGAGUUCUGCCAUUGAAUCAUGGAGUCAACAUCCCAGGACAAAAAGGCAACUCAUGUCAUCACUAUACAACCAAACGAAACUGUAUUGACUGCAUUUCCCUACAGACCUCACAGCUCUCUGCUGGACUUUCUGAAAGGAGAGCCAAGAGUGUUGGGGGCUACCCAGAUCCUCCUUGCUCUAAUCAUUGUGGGCCUUGGAACAAUAUUUGUGCUUAAUUACAUCCAUUUCUCCCAAAGACUUCCCCUUGUUCUCCUCUCAGGAUAUCCAUUUUGGGGAGCACUUAUUUUUAUGGUUACAGGGUACCUCACAGCAGUCGAAGAGAAAUCAAAAACUCAGGGUCAAGGUGUCAUGGCCAUGAAUGUUAUCAGUUCCUUGGUUGCGAUAACUGGGAUUACUUUCACCAUACUCAGCUACAGACAUGAAGACAAGUACUGCCAGACACCUUCCCUUGAAGAAACAUGUGUUUUAGGUAGAACUCUUUUCAUUGGAAUUUUGUCAAUCUUACUGAUCAUCAGCAUAGCAGAGCUCAGCAUCUCUGUGACUAUUGCAUCGUUUAGAAGCAAGUGCUGGACGCAGUCAGAUGAGGUUCUGUUUUUCUUGCCUUUGGAUGUUACUCAAAAUAGUGAACAACCUGCCCCAGAAGAAAAUGCUCAAUUACAAUUUGUUCUUCAAGAAGAGUUUUCCAGUGAUGAUUCAACAACAAAUGCACAGCCUGUUUUCUUUGGAGGCUAUGCUUUCUUCAAGUUAAGACUCUCUAGAAGUCCUUUAGUCUCCCAACCAGAUAAUAAAUAUAGGAGAUCUGUGACAGAUGAACAAAAGCAAAGUGUCCUUUCAGCUCCUAAAUUUUCAGAGGAAGAAAUGCCCAUUCAGCCAGACUCUACAUUUAAACAAAUGACAGAUGAAGAUCUACAAUCUGCUAUGGUACAACCCUCCCAAAUGGAAACCCAGUUGAUGGAGAACCAAGCUGUGUCACUCCAAGUGACAUCCCAUUCUGUACUAAAACUCCAAGAUCUGUCACCUGAGGACUUACCAUCCCAAGCUCUACCAGUACAAGGCCUGUCAGAACAAUCUACACUAGCCAAGUCUACAUCAUCCGAUGUCAAACAGUCUUAUAAUCUGACAGCUAAUGACCUGUCCCCUCAAGGCAUACUAUCCCAAGAUAUGCUGCUUCAUGACAUGGCAUCAAAAGACAUGCAAUCCCUAUCUAUAUUAUCUCAAGACACACUAUCCCACAAUGUGUCACCCCAAGACAUACCUUCCCAAGACAUGCUAUCCCAAGCCGUAUCAGAACAAGCCAUAUUACCUGAAGCCUCAACAUCCCAUAUUGUGCAGGUCCCUAAAAUACAACGCCUACUUCAGCAACCCCCAGAUCUUCAACCAGAAAACAUUCACCCUCAAAAUCAGCAAAAUUUACAAAUGUCAUAUCAAGAUAUUAGAUCAGAAGUUAUGGAAGAAACCAAAGAAUGGAAAGCUGAGGAGGAACUCCAUAGAAGAAAAUCCUCAAGACGGCAUUCCUUAAACCAGCAAACCAAAGGCUUGCAAUACAUAAGGAGAUAUUCCUUAUACAUGCAAACCAAAGGCCAGCAAUCCCCAAAGAGGCAUUCCUUGGAUCAGCAAAGCAAAGGCUGGCAAUCUCCAAAGCGGAAAUCCUUAGAUCAGCAAAUCAAAGACUGGCUAUCCCCAAAGAGGCACUCCAUAGAUAAGCAAGCUCAGCUUAAUCAAACCACAGAGCAACUCCCAGAUCAGCAAGCUGAAGAUCGGCAAGCCAAAGGGGAACAAUACCCAGAAGGACAAUCUAAAGAUGAGCAAGUUAAAGACCAGCAGACUGAUAAGGAGCAACAUUCAAAGAAGCAAACCAAGGAUCAGCAAGCUGAAGACCAGCAGGCCCAAGAGAAGAAAUCCCCAAAAGGAUGGUACCAAAGUGUUCAACCUGAAGGACAGCAAGCUCAAGUGGAGAAAAUGCCAAAGCAGUUAUGCCAAGAUUCAGAAUCUCAAAUACAGCAAUACCAAUUCUGGCAAUAUCACAAAAGCAAUCUACAGACUGGACAACCCAAGACUGUCAAUCCAAUGACUGGAGAACUCAAGGCUGGAGAGACAAAUAUUACAAAGCACGAGAAUGGCAAUUUGCAAUGCAGUCCUGGCAAACACAAGAUCUGUUAGAGAAAGAAGCCCUAAAGCAGAAAGCUCUAUACCAAGAAGUCCAAGCCCAGCACACCACAGCCCAACUUAACCUAGAAUGGGAAGAUGGUCAAGAUAAAGACCAACACGACCUUCGAUCCAGAGUUACACAGAAAGGAGACGUGUAUACUAGAGACAUCAAACCAGGGGACAUAAAAUGUAUAGGGCAAACCUCAGGGGACCUACAGUCAGAAGACGUGAAGCCAGAUUUCCAUUCUUCUUCGGGCCAAAGCUCAGUACAAGACACAUGUUUAGCCUAUUUGUCCCAUCUAGAUUCGGAACAAGAUGUGCAACCAAAUACUUCAGCUUCCUCAAAUUCAUAUAAAGAAGAUGUGAAUUUAACUUCUACUUCAUGUGAUCCAAAAGAUCAACAGCAAUCUGAAGACUCUGAAUAACAUGCAGAAUCUACCCCCAAGUGCCACGCUGCCCCCAAUAAUGGAAUUAAAUUAGGAAAAACAAUGUCCUCUCCUCCAACCUGUGUUCUCAACUGUGGUUGCUACCUAAUUAUCUUACCAAAAAAUGAAGGGCAUGCAGAGCACUCAAGGAAUUUGUCCUUACUUAAAAUAAAAUGACAACAAACCAAAUAAUAACACCGUAUCAGCACUUUAUGUAUGUGAAGAAAUAAUUCACAUAUAAACUCCUUGUCAUCAAAGUUAGUGCUUUAAUUUAUAAUUACGAUUUUAUUUUAUAACUUAAUAUUUAAUGGACCUACUUUGCUAUGAUGCUGUAUUUUUUGUCUCCCCCUUUUUCCAUUAUAGGAGUCCAGAAAAUCAACCACAGGGAAGUCUAUGAAUGCUCUUUAA